AUGGCUAAUUUACCGGCCGAGCUCGUCGCCGCGAUCCUCGAGCAUGUGUACUACACCGCAACAGGUGCUGUGGACUCCCAGACACUCGCAUCCGCUGCUCUCGUAUGUCGUCACUGGCAGGAAUCCGCUCAGCGUUUGCUCUUCAAGAGAGUUUCGCUCAAGGGACACCGUCAUGAACCCGCCUAUCUUUCGUUUGUUCAAGCAACCGAUCUUGCAACGUCUCGUGGUCGCUCUCUUGCUCAGAAUAUUCGAGUCCUAGAGGUAUCCAUUGGAGACUCACCAGAAGGCUUGGAUGAAAGCGAUCUCGUGAACCUGAUCGUGGGCAUCCGCGCCAUAGCGAUCCUCUCAUGCGGAAUUCAAAGUCCCAUAUUAUACCAACUCCUCUCCAUCUGGCCCUGCGUCAACUUCCUCCACCUCGGCGUCGAGAUCGCCGCUCCUCCCCCCAAAGCUUGGCAACCUUCAUUUCAACUUUACGAGCUCGCCCUGAUGCGUACCCCCCGCCUCUGGGUCUUCUCCUGGCUCCUUUCCUCCAGCACCGACUCCCUCCGUAUCCUCACCUUCCGCGACCUUCCCUGGCGCGAGUUUGAUCCGCUCCUGGACAAGCUCGGCCCGCGCCUCCGCUCCCUCCGCCUCCAGAACUACAGCCUCCGCGCGGUCCCGACCAUCCGGCGGUGCCCGAACCUCGAAGAGUUCAUCGUCCUGCGCGUCCCCGAGCUUAUCAAGCUCACGCCGCUCCCGCAGACGGUCGAGCACCUCAGCUGCCGGUUCAUGUUGUCCGAGAACGGUUCGUUGGCGCAGGCCGUGGACCUCGUGGGCUCGCUGCCCCGGCUCCGGGUCUUCACCUGCGAUUCGGCCGUGCGCAAGGACGAGCACAUCAGAGAUUUGGAGACGCUAUGCGCUGCGAAGGGUGUGGAGCUGUGUUUUGACGAGACCCCGUUCUGGUUGAGAGAGGACCCGGUGCCAGUGCAGCGCUUCCCGAGAUGGAGAUCUGUGACGAACUAUGCGCUAAUGAACUAA